UCUCUGGAAAUUUUACUUCCAUUUUUACAAUUUCCGGGAAUUUUACACAUAUUUGAGCUGAUCGUGAGUGAUGAAGGUGGAGAAGUGGACAUUGGCUACCAUUGUUUCUGCAUUUCUGUUCCAGUCGAUGAUCGGUUGAUUCUUUCAGUUUUGCCUCGGUCUUUCACUUUUUUCUUCACUCAGGGAGAAGUUUGUGAUCUUCUUGGGCUGCAAUGUCGAUUGCCAGCGUAGCUCUCUGUCCUGUUUAUGAAGACUACUGGAACUUCCCAGGCCGUGUCUCGGGGCAGUAUGGCCCGUGGUCUAGUGACUCGAUCUUGAUCUACCUGACUGUUGGUGGUUCUGUGAUUCCUAUGAGGGUUCUUGAAUCGGAUUCAAUUGCUUCUGUCAAACUCAGAAUCCAAGUUUCUAAAGGGUUCUCUGCAAAGCAGCAAAAGCUUGUUUUCGAUGGGAAAGAACUGGCAAGGAACAAUUCUCAGGUGCGGGACUAUGGAGUGUCUGAUGGGAAUGUGUUACAUUUGGUUGUCCGCCUCUCUGAUCUCCAGGCCAUCACAGUUAGGACAGUGUGUGGCAAGGAAUUCGAGUUCCAUGUUCAAAGAAAGCGGAAUGUGGGGUAUGUGAAACAGAAGAUUGCUGAGAGGGGGGAUGGUGUUUUUAAUCUCAAGGAUCAAGAAUUGUUCUGUGAUGGUGAGGAGCUUGAAGAUCAGAGGAUCAUAGAUGAUUUAUGUAGGAGUAAUGAUGCUGUAAUUCAUUUCCUGGUUCGUAAGUCAGCAAAGCUCAGGGUUGUGCCCAUUCAAAAAGAUUUUGAGGUGUCGAUAGUUGCAUCAGAUGUAGAAGAGAAGGUAGGUGAUAAAGUGAAUAGGCGGAAAAGGAGAAGUCAGAAUGAGAAGCUUCCGAUUGUUGCUGCCAUUCACCCUCUACGUGAGGUUCCAAUAGAACCACUGAUUGUUAAUCCUAAGAUUGUCUUGUCCCCUGUGAUUAAACAACUAAUUCAUGAGACUUGUAAUGGGCUGGAAAAGGGUAAUCGGCCAAUUAGGUCUUCGGAGGGAUCAGGAGGUACUUAUUUCAUGCAAGAUUCAGCUGGCCAGAAAUAUGUUUCUGUCUUUAAGCCAGUUGAUGAGGAGCCCAUGGCUGUAAAUAAUCCUCGAGGCUUACCCUUGUCCCCUAAUGGUGAAGGUUUAAAGAAAGGUACACGAGUAGGGGAAGGGGCGUUCAGGGAAGUUGCAGCUUAUAUUUUGGAUCAUCCACAUGGAGGUCCACGCUCGAUUUGCAGUGAUGAGAAAGGCUUUGCUGGCGUCCCACCUACAGUCAUGGUGAAGUGUCAGCAUGGUGGAUUCCACUACUCAGAAGGUUUUAACUGUGGAUCGAGUAAGUUUGGGUCGCUUCAGAUGUUCAAGAAGAACUGUGGUAGCUGUGAGGACAUGGGCCCUCGUGCUUUCCCUGUGGAGGAAGUUCACAAGAUAUGUGUACUCGACAUCAGGUUGGCAAAUGUAGACAGACAUGCUGGCAACAUUCUGAUCCAAAAAGAUGCCGAGGGUCAAAUUGUUCUUAUCCCGAUUGAUCAUGGUUACUGCUUGCCUGAGAAUUUCGAAGAUUGCACAUUUGAGUGGCUCUACUGGCCUCAAGCUCGGGAGCCUUUCUCUCCUAAGGAGAUUGCAUACAUAAACUCCUUAGAUGCUGCAAAAGACAUCGAAAUUCUGAAAUUCAAUGGAUGGAACGUACCAGACAACUGUGCACGCGUCUUCCACAUCUCCACCAUGCUUCUGAAAAAAGGCGCAGAAAGAGGGCUGACUCCCUUUGCCAUCGGAAGCAUCAUGUGCAGGGAGACAGUCAAGAAAGAGUCUGUUAUCGAGAAGAUAGUGGAGGAAACCGAAGAAUCCGUGCUACCUGGCACAAGCGAAUCAGCAUUCCUCGAGUCUGUCUCAGUCAUCAUGGACCGUUACCUUGACGGUCUGUCCCCCCCUAACUGCAACACGAAGGUACAUAGAAACUCCUGAUAUGAAUACGAGUGUAGUGUUGUCAUCGCCUUUUAUCGUUACAACACAAGUCGUUGUCAGUCCAGCCCGUCGAAAGGAAUAACAGUGUGUGAAUGUGUGUGUAUGUGUGUCAUAACAUAUCUACUAAUGACCUGCUUCUGUCUGAGUGUAUAUGAUCCUAUCCUACUUUGGGUAUGUAUUUGAACUUGCAGCUUAUAAGGUUGCUACUCUGCUUUGUAUUUCCACUUCCUCUCUAAUGAAAUAAAUCACUUUUUUACUUGAGCAAA